ACGCGCCAGCUGAGCUGUGUACCUGUGGAAAGGCAGCUAAAGACCGCUCUGCGCCCGAGAUGGACUGGUGAUGUAGCGCGGCUUGUUUGGGAAGUGUUUGACACUUCUACUGGACACUGGAGAAGGGGCUAAUCUGUCGAAAUCAAUCAGUCGAGAUCGAACAUGAUGGAACUGCUGUGGCCGUGGAAACGACCAACGUUCAACAUCAACUUCUUCAACAACAUGAAGACGCACAACGGAAACAAAGAGAACAUCAGCAGCUCGUCGCACGGCUACGACAAACUCACCACCUGCGACGACCGCCAUAUCGGAGCCGUCCAGCUCGGCUCUGACCACCGCCAUGUUGGAGCAGGCCAGCUGGGCUCAGAUGGCCGCCCUAUUGGACUGACCGAGCUCGGCUCGGCCGCCGCUGCUCCGUCCCGGCUCCCGCCCCCGGCCCCACCCCCGGCGGCAGCGCGACACUCGGCCAAUGACGCCACCCCCGACUCAGAGGACUUCAGUCUCACUGACGACGAAGAUGACCGCACAUGCAUCGUCUGUGACCUGACCUUCGUCACAAGAACACACCUUCGAUACCACCAGAAGAAGAAACGCCAUUACGGGUGCUCUGUCUGCGAGGACGUGUUCUGCACGCGGAUCGCGCUCGAGUACCACAAGGAGGAGGCCGACCACUGGACCUCCUCGGAUGACGAGGACGAGUUCAUGAACCAGCCGGACGAGCAGGCCAUGGAGAGCGAGGACGACGAGCAGCUGCUCUUCUACUAAACGGCUCCUCUCUUCUACCGGUCUGCUGGGGUCAGAGGCGGCGACAGGGAGGGCGGCUCCUCCGCGUUACUGGCGUGGUAACGAGCUCCUAUUCUGCUGACGUGGUGACCAGCUCG